AUGGCGACGACAUCUUCAACCCCGAUUGAUGAUUCCUUUCAGCUUUUCGAUCUCCGUGUCGAAGUUAUCUGCCCUCCCUCUUCCAAAAUCCUCUGUGGUGCCAAGGAAGGUGAUCAUUUUACUCUCGAGGGAGAAAUGCUAUAUUUACCACCUGGCCAGGGAAUUAGCAUUUACAGUUUAUCAUCGGUUCUCCCUCUACUAGCAGCAAAGCAACGCUUCACCCAUUCCAAUGAUUGGAUGACCACAGACGGACUGAUAGCAUGUCCAGAUCCAAAUUGUGGGAGUCAGUUGAAGAUCACCAGAACGGGAUUGAGGACGUUUAAGCACGGGGAAACUACGGUCGUGGGAUUGGAGGGCAAUGUUUAA